UGAAAUGUUCGCUUUAACAUUAACCAUUCCUCCUCCUCCGACGAGUUCUCCUUUCUCUCGAAAACCCAACUCUUUGAAAUUGCUCUUCCGCCCUCUCUCCUCCGAUUCCGGCAGAUUUUCCGGCAGGGGGCACUUGAUGCGAGAGCUCACUGUUAUGCCCAGGUUGAUUCUAGCACAUGCUAAUAAUUCUAAUGGCGUCUCUCUUGAGCAAGAAGAUGACGAUUCUUCUUCCUCACCCACCUUUACCUCUGGAUUCGAAUCAACUCUAAAUCGUCUGAGCAAGUGGAUUGUGGUGAUAUUCUUCGCGGCGGUGAUAAUGUUGAGACACGACGCAGAAGCGUUGUGGGCUGCAAUGGGUUCUGUAAUAAAUUCAUGGGUAUCAAUAAAGCUUAAGCAUUUGUUGAAUCAAGAAAGACCUUUUGGCAAUUUAAGAUCUGACCCUGGAAUGCCAUCUUCACAUGCUCAAUCCAUCUUCUUUAAUUUCACUUUUGCUGUUAUCUCAUUGGCACAGUAUUUUGGGGUCAACAGAAUCACCAUUUUUCUUUCUGUCAUCACCAUGGCGUUUGGCUCCUAUCUGUCGUGGCUAAGAGUUUCUCAGCAGCUUCAUACAAUAAACCAAGUAGCAGUUGGAGCUAUUGUCGGCACUGUCUUCUCGGUUGUGUGGUUUUGGGUAUGGGAUGCGGUUGUAUUCAAUGCUUUCCUAGCUCAUUCAUGGGUUCGAAUCUUACUAUUCUUAACAACUGUCGGAAUUUGUCUUGGUUUUCUUGGAUAUGUAAUCCGGUAUUGGUUCAAGUAUGACAUCGAACCAAUUGUAUAACACACUGUUUCUUUCUUGUUGUAUUGAUUUUUUCAUUGCAUAAUAAUAAUAAUAUAUGUGGAUUAAUCAAUCAUAGUCUUAAUUACAUGUA